ACUGCCCACGCGGCCGGGUUGGUUUGGGGUAACUCCCGGGGGGACGCUUACCAUUUAGACAAUGAUCAAUCAGAGGCCCACAAUACACUAAUCGUCGAUGCGAGGAUAAGGCAGGAGAGAGAAACGGGAUUUUGCUAAGCGUCCCCAAAUGCUGCGGUCGUCGUCCUCCUCUUCAAUCGAUGAUCGAUCCAUCCUCGCAUCCAAACCCAUAAUCUCCACUAACCAAACAACACACUCCUCCCUUGCUGCUGGAGUCGAAUCCCCCAUUCCAUCGACGGAUCGGAGGCCCCUCCGCCCUUUUCCCGGAGUAAGCCAACAAGAGAAUUAUUAUUAUUAGACCGCCUUCUUCCUAGGGAUUUCCCUUCUUUUCUGCCUUCAGAUUUUGUCCCCGUCCGCUUCCAUUCCGCAGUCUCUUCCGGUGAUCACCAUGAAUCCCUGAGGAUUUGCUUCCCUUCUGCUUAGUGCUACAAUCCAAACUCAUCUCAGAGGCCACAUACGCUCCACCGCCACGAAUUUGUUGUCAAAGCACAUUUGUUGUGGUCAGUUGGAACGCCGGAUUAGCGGAAAAUUGUGCUUGCUCGUCUGGAUUCUGGCUCUCCAAGAAAUGCCGUGUGCACUUGAAGUUAUUGACACAAGGCUACAGAGCACAUCGCAUAUUCAGUGCUACAGAUCAUUCGACCAAAAUAUCGGCAACCACUUUUCAAAGGUCUAUAUUAUACAAAGUCUGUGGCGUGUAUGUUCAUCUACAUCUAACCCGGCCGUUGGUACAGCAUUGUACUCAAAGUUUUAUCUUUUCUUAAUGGCCAGCUGAUACAAAAAUCUGUUUCUGUUCGUCCUCAGAACAGGGACACUGCAUUAACAAUACUUCCACUGGGGCAUUGUUCAGAUUGGAAGCCAGCACCAUUUUUGUCUGACAUUCAAGAGGUCAACAACGUAAGCUCUUUGACAUCAGGAGCUCCUGCUACAGAGGGCCUUGAGUUAUUAUCAGCAUAGCCAAGAAUACUGUAUUGGUUAGACCAGCCGAAUGAAAGGAGCAUGCAUGAUCAGGCUGAUUCUUCUAAACCAGUUUUCAAUGGAAAGCCACAUGGACGAAUUACCUUAAGACAAUCUCGGCAUAGGAAAAAUGUCUGUAAUUCAUUGACAGCAGUUCCUCCCUGCCAUGUGGUUGCAAACAAGUCUUCCAGGCCUGUUGCUGCUACUUUGGGAUCUGAUUCUGAUAUUUUGCAUGAUGAUGACAAGCCUCCAAAAAGGAGUCCUAAAAAGAAAGGAAACAAGAAAAGGUACAGGUGUACAACCCACAAAAACCUGAAUUUGGCAUCAGAAAUCACUUGUGAAGAGAAUACUUAUGCUGUUUCUCCUGUCGAGGUGCUUCCAAUCAAUUUGCUGGCUGAUAAAUUGUCAGAGAUCACAUCCUCUGCUAGCUCAUUGGGUAAAGAAGCUCAUUCAGGCAAAGAUGAUGGUGAGAACAACAAUGACUAUGUGGAAUGUGCUACUGUGCUGAAUUUAUCUACAUUAGGAACUGAAGAGAUGGAUGGUUCUGAAUGUACUGGUUCACCUAAUGACACUGCAGGAGAGAGAUUAAGCUGCAGUUGUGUUCCUUACUUGAACAAUGGAUCAAAUACUACUGGUUCUUCAGAAUUCGGAUCCACUUACGCUGAAUGUGGCUUGGGAGAAAAAAGCAAUAGAUACCAGAAGUUAUUGUGUGCCUGUGUUUCUAACCCUGACGGCACAGAUUCAUUCUUUAGCAGGUGGAGCAAUGACAACAGUGGGAACCACAGCAUCGAUGUUGAGGCUAGGUUAACCAUCAAAGAUGAAAAUAGACGUGACCAUUUGCAACCGGGGCCUUCCGCAGGCCUGAAUGAUGUGAGCAUGAAAUGCCAUUUGAUAGGUUCACAUCUAAGUGCUCAUGCUGAUGGUACAAAUGAUUCUUUUGGCAGCAGCUCCUGCUGCUCAAAGGAUGCCACUGAUUGUAGUAGUCAUAGUGAGAGAGUUCAGUGCAGCAGUGAGGCCUGCAGCAGUAAGACUUCUCUUCAAUUUAGUUCAGGGAGGACCACCAGAAGAUCAAGAAAAACACCGAGCUAUAGUGAUUUGACUCAAUCUAACAGAGCAGUAAGUGCUAAUAGGCACAGGAAUGGUGGAAAGGAUAGUUCAGCUGUGUGGCAGAAAGUAGAAAAAAUUGACAAGACCGUAUCUAGAGCUGGUCAUACAAUUGAUUCACCUAUUCAGGAUAAGAGUGCACAAGAAGACAGUAACAAGGGUGUACAGCAAGAUCCAACUAAACAUAGGGAAAAACAUAAUCAGAGGAAAACAUGCAAACAGGAGUCCCCAAAUGAGACAGUUGAAAUGGAGUCUUCCAAAGAAGAAGAUGAAUUAAACAAAUACCAAACAUUUUCUGGAUGCAAUUUCAAGAAGCAAGCGCCCUUUCUACGCCAGAAAAGAAGCUCUUCUAAACAAGGUUCUCAGUCAUCGAAAAACUACUAUGCUGCUAAGAAUGGUAUACCCAAGGUGCCAAAGGAUUACUCCCAGCAAGAAGGAUUGCCUAUGUUCCAGCUAGUUCAUGUCAAGGACACCGGUGAUGCAUCAACCUCAAAUUCUUGUUCAGCCGAUGAAGUUACUCUAACUGGAGUUGUCAGCAACUGCCCAACUGAGGGAAAUGAGAGUUCACAAUCUGGCAUGAAGAAAGCUGCUUUAGCAUCUUGCAACUUGGUUCCAGAUUUAGCCUCACAAGCUGCUUCCAAUGAAGCCCACAUAUCAAUCACUCAAGAAGAUCCUCACUCUCUAUGUCCUGAAAGCAAGGGUACAUGCACCAGUUGGAGCUCCAAGAACUUGUACACUGAUCCUUGUGCUACAGCAACAGAGGAAGCACGAUGUGUGAAACUAACAACCGAGAAUAACCCUCAAGAAUCUUGUAAGUUGUAUUCUGCUGCUGGAAGCCCCUCACAGAAGUGGGUUCCUGUUGGAAAGAAAGAGGUGUACAAUGUGAUCCAUUUAGAUGUCUCGGAGCCUUCUGUUGCUGAAGGCUCAGUUCCAGCUAAUGAUAUUUCUGAUUCAGUUGAUCCUGCAUCAACUAAUGGUGAAGACAGCAAAUUAGCUAGGGAACUGACUUCUAAACUGAGCUCAUCUGAACAUGUUGAUUUGAAAUGCCAAGCAUAUAAUGGAACUGAGAUUGGUUACAACAAGAUAAGAGAAGCCAUCAGUGAUGUUUACACAGCACAGCUGAGAGUGGAAGAUAUCCAACUUCGCAUUGGUUGGCCUCUUGCUGAUUUUGAACAAUUUAUUUACUCUGCUUCUCCAGUUGUGCACUGUAGCCCUUGCCCUACUGGCUGUAAAUCUUGCCUGCAAGAAUGUGUAAAAGAUGGCCUAUGUUUGCAUCGGACUCCAGACAUCACUCUAAGUAGUGUCUGGCAGUGGUACGAAGAACCUGGUUGUUAUGGUUUGGAAGUAAAGGCACAAGAUUUCCAUAGAUCGGAAGGCUUGUGGAAUAGUCAUUGUCAGUUUACUACCUAUUUUGUACCAUAUCUAUCUGCCAUUCAACUUUUCAGUAAACCUAAAAGAACCAAUGGUGGAAGCAUUGAUAAGGAGGCAAUCGAUAUGGAUAUGACAUGUGAAGCAUCUCCUUGUCUGAACUUGCCCCCGAUCUUCGCAAAGCUUCUGCCACAACAAUCUAAUCCAAGAAAUAGGUCAUCUACUUUGAGUACUGAAGAUGAUCAGCAGUCGGCAAAUGGAGAGCUCAUAUUUGAAUAUUUUGAAUCUGAACAACCAUGCUGGCGGCGACAGUUAUUUGACAAGGUAAACGAGCUGAUUUCUGGUGUGAAACCGUCGAAUUGCCAAAUAUCUGGAGACCCAAAGAGUUUGGGGCUCAGCCUGCAUGACCUCCAUCCAGCCUCUUGGUAUUGUGUUGCAUGGUAUCCCAUAUACCGUAUACCAGAUGGUAAAUUUCAGGCUGCAUUCUUGUCAUAUCAUUCUCUCAGGCACUGGAUUCAUCGAGGUAGCUCAGCAGACCAGGCUGGUCACGCUCCUGUUGUUUUGCCAGUCAUAGGUCUGCAGUCUUACAAUGACAAGGCGGAGUGGUGGUUUCAGAUGAGAAAAUCAGAAGAGUCGCAGUCUAGUGAACCAUCCCAGGUUCUGAAGGAGAGAUUGCGCACGCUGAAUCAAGCUGCGGCGGUGAUGUCCAGGUCCGACGUACUUAAGAAUGGGGAGAUGAGUAGAAACAGGCACCCAGAUUACGAGUUCUUCCUUUCCCGGAAUCGAUAGACGUGUGCGAUGCUUCAGAUCAAGGUGCCUGAGCCUCCUUUUUGAAGCAGCAGCACCAACCACUCGAGCUGUGUUGUCUAGCUUUGCGAGUAAGGGGAAGUUACUAACAAAGUGAUAGGAACUGCAGGCUGCCAUACUGUAACCUACCUACGUACGAUACCCUGUAUAUUAUGUCUGGAAGUGCUGCUCAAGUGAUAGCGGAGUGAAUUUACCAGAUUUUUAGGUGUGUGACUUUGUUUCUAGCUGAUGAUCAUCUGUAUAUAUGUGCAACCGACCAACCCUGUAAGAGAACAACAAGAGAUCUGGUUUUUACUGUUGGA